AUGGACAAGUAUCAAAGGGUGAAGGUCCUUGGGAAGGGCAGCUUUGGCAGCGCCAUCCUCAUCAAGCGCAAGACAGAUGGGCUCCUGUUCGUGGUAAAGGAGGUGGGGAUGACGAGGAUGAGCAAGAAAGAGCGAGACGAGGCGCGGCACGAGUGUACCGUGUUGCAGCAGCUGCAACACCCCAACAUUGUCCGCUACGUCGAGCAGUUUGAGAAUAACAAUAACCUUUACAUCGUCAUGGAAUACUGCGACGGUGGAGACUUGGCGGAGAAGGUGAAGCACAGCCGCGGCCCUAUGAAGGAGGCGAGCAUGUUGUACUACUUCUCGCAAAUCUGUCUCGCGAUCGAGUACCUGCACGCUCGCCACAUCCUGCACCGCGACAUCAAAACCAUGAACGUCUUCCUCAUGAAAAACGGCGCGGUGAAGCUCGGCGACUUUGGCAUAUCGACGGUGCUGCGCACGACGAUGGGCAUGGCGAACACGGUGUGCGGGACCCCCUACUACUUCUCCCCGGAGCUGUGCCGCAACCGGCCGUACAAUAACAAGAGCGACAUCUGGGCUCUCGGCGUGUUGAUGUACGAGUGUGCCACCGGUGGACGCCACCCAUUCGAUGGCACCAGCAUGAAUCAGCUCAUGCAGCGCAUUGUGCAGGGCCACUACGCGCCCCUCUCCAGCCAGUACUCCUCGGACUUCCGCAAGAUGGUUGACUGGUGUCUCCAGAAGGACCCAGCUAAGCGGCCCAGCAUCAAGCAGACACUCGCCCUGCCACUGAUGCGCCGCUCUCUUGAACAGCUAGAGGAGAACUUAAUGCUCGCCACCCAGUGCCGGGUGCGCUUAAAGGACAUCAUCGACUUCGAAGGCGGCAUAGAUCAGGAGGAGCGCAAGGGCAGCUCGCCGCAGCCCUCUCCGAAGCCCUCCCCUCGCGCAGUCGCCAAGGAUGGGGUAUCACCCGGGCAGGCGGCUGCUCUCGCGAUGGCGCGUCAAAAUUUAUCCCCAGUAUUCCAGCCACCGACGUCGCCAUCGCAUUCGCCGAUGGCCUCCCCCGAACGCGGCGGUGGCGCGCCAGCGGCGUUGGGGCCAAAGCCGUCUGCUGCCGUCCAGCAAAGCCCCACGGCGAGUCCAAAGCAAGGCAACGACGCUCACCGCUUCUACAGUCCCUGCCACAAGAGACCCAUCGCCAACCCUCUGCUGCCGGGUGGUGGCGCCAGACCCGCUCCAGCCGAAUCUCCGAGCGGCGCUGUUCCCCCGCCCCUCGCCCAGCGGCCCCUUGGGGAGCCGCAUCACACACCUCCGUUGCGCAUCAAAGUUACCCUCGGCGGUGCUGGAAAUCGGCGUGGUCUUGCCGCCGCAGCAUUGCCAGCAGCGGCAGCGGCACCGGCACCUGCCCCUGGGCCCUCUCCCAAUGCAGCGGAUGCAUUUCACGCUGACAUGCGCCGUGUGGACGCCAUCAUAGCCCGCUAUGGCCGCAACGCGGACGAGAAGGCAAAAGAGACGAUCCACGCGUACAUGCGCCGCAAGCACGAGGCGUACCUGAAGCGGCAGAAGGAGGAAAUCGAGGCCCGUGAGCGACGCAACAGGAUGCGCAAAGAAGAGCUGCGCCGCGUUCUGGAGAAUCAGCGGCUGGCUGCUUCUCCUCUCCGCAACAACGACCGCCGCAACAGUCCGCAGCUGAACAACGUCAACCUGAACGGGUACCCUGAUGAUCGUUCGCCAUUUAGAGGCAGUCCACAGCCCCGCGCCAAGCCGGAGAACGCCCACCUGCCCUCCCGCACCCCGCCGUCAUCGCCGCUACAGGAUAAGGAGCCCGUCUUUGGCCGUGACCCGCGUCGCGGCGCCCCUCCUGGAGAGCGUGCGAGCCGCCCCACGACACCGCAGCAGCAGCGCGUGCCACAGCAGCCGCCUAGUCCAGCGGCAGCCGCUCCGAAUGGAAAUCCCCUGCCGAAGACGCCGCCGCGCAGAGUCGUGUACGCGGCGAAUUCGCCACAACAGGCGCACCCUCCCUCUCAACACUGCACCGAGGCACCGGAGGCACGCCGCGCCGUCACUCCCGACCCACUGCACUCGCCGCCGUCGCGACUCGGCGCCCCGCGUGGAGCCGCCUUCGACAUCGAACGGCGGUCUUUGCCCAACUCAAAGCCGGAGACAGCUAGUGGAGGCCAAAAGGCGCCGCUCACUGCCGGCCUUGGCGGUGGCAUUGACGGCCACCGGAUGGUGCUGCAGCCGAGUCAACAGCAUCUGCCGCAACCCCGGCGUCCCGUGGACGAGGAGCAGCUGCCUGCACGUCGCGACAGGCGUGAGUCGCGUGCGCUUGAGGACGCCGCGGUGGCGCGCCGCCCCUCCGCCCUCUCCCCCAUUUCUGGCGACCCUUAUGACCACUGCUCACCCUGCCAGGCUGCGUCUGCUGCGCCAGAGCGCGCCUCCCCGAGCACUGGUGACCCUCGCCUUCAACGACCGGGUCGUGCGCCGCAGCGGUACUUGAAGCCGCUCGGCGGGCGUGGCGAGAAUGGUCUGUCACCUGUGCCGAGCCCGACCUCUGGUCAGAGCCCCAGGCACGGUGCUGCUGGAGUUGAGCACCGUCAUAGGGGUUCCUCUGGUGUACCACCUCCUGUGAAGUCUAAGGCGUUGGUCAGCGCUGGCAACGCGAACCCGCCAUCGUCAGCCCCGGGGGAGCUAGUCGACAUUCCACGCACCGCAGCGCACUCUUCGAGAGCGCAGGCGAGCCCUUGUACACCAGUGAAGGAGGCGCUUCGUGCACUGCGUCGCAGCAAGGUGCAGGCGGGCGCACCGGCACCUCCGCCCUCAUCCGCGAUGGCGGCUGAGAUGAAGGACUUGCCGGCGAUCGUCGCCUCUCCUGAGCACGAGCGUGGGGUGCGUCGCAACCAUCCACGAUACCGAUUGGAAGAAGCUGCCUUGUACCAUGGCAUGAGGCGUGAACAGCCUUCUCGUGGAGACGAACGGGUGUCGGUGGAUGAGCACCGCAAACCGCACCACGCAGAGGUGUCCGCCGUGCCGAAUACGCUGGAGGCGCUGCGCAGUUUGCGUGCGCAGCAAGACAAGGCCAUGAGGGCGGAGGGCGGCGCCAGAGAGGAGGUCAAUCCUGGAGGACAGCUGGCGCUACUGAAGCAGCGGCAGCGGAUGCAACAGCGACCACGGCAGGAGUCAGCGUCUUCGGUUGUGUCUGUUCCGCUGGCACCGUGGCUCAUGACACGAGCCACGGAGGCUGCGGCGUCUCCCAGGUCGGAGGUGCCUUCCCGCCAUGACAGGAAGACUCCGGUGUCUCGCGAUAGCGCAGCAGCUCGACCUUCGGCGGCGCAUGUGACAGCGCUUUCGUUGGGUGACAUUAACCGCGGCGCUGCUCCGUCGCGAGCAGCUCCACCAUCGGCCCAAGCUGGUGCACCGCCGUCGCCGAACCCAUCAACCGGUGGCGGGGCCGGCGUUCAGAGCUCGAUGGAGGGGUAUGCGGAGAUGCUGCAGCACCUGAAAGACCUCCUUCAGCGCAGGCGCGUGAGCAGCACCGGCGGUGCUAGUGCCCCUACCUCACCGACGACCGCUGCCUCGGCACCGUCUGCGAUAGAACACCCACGUGACCCGGCGGUGCGGUCGCCGAUAUCGAUGCGGAACCGCGCGUUGCCUCCGCCACUGAAUCCGAGUCCGCUGGGCGGCGGGGACAUGAGCUGCGCGAGCGACAGCGGUGGCUCCGGCGUUCUCGUUUCUCCGCCGCACCUGAAGGCGACGAGGCCGCUGCACCCUCAACCAAACGCUGUUCCCGUUGUGGUCGUGCUCCCGGACUGCGAAGCGGAGGAGGAAGACGACGACUUCGAAGACGCCGUCCCGCUGUCGCCAGUGCGAUGUGCUGAGCUCAACGACGCCUACGUCCGCCAGCAGGACCAGCAGGAACAGAAAUGGCGUCAUGCACAGGAGGAUGUGUACACGAGCGACGUGGACUUGACAUCGGCGGCGAUGGAAGAGGAGCUGGAGGGCGAAGAAGGGUACACGGGCUACCAAAAACAGCCGUCUUCCAAAGAGGUGCCGAAGGGCAUCAAGUCCUGA